AUGUCAAAACUACAAGUCGCAGUGGUGUCUAUAUUACUGUUUACCAUUCAUUCAGCAGCAAGUACAGAUGAAGAGUAUUCAUGUCCUCAGCUGAAAGUCGAGAGAGAGAUUUUGAAAAAUGGAUUUCACAGGGAUUUGGUAACCAGAGCAAGUAUUCAGGGCUUUAUGGAUCUGUUGGACAGCUGCAGAAUUUUGCUCAAUGAGACAAUCCCAUCUGGACUAUUUAUGGAUCCGUUUCAGAUUUCCUCUCUACAACAGCACAAUCUUGUUGAGGUAAUAGUGCCAACGUCUGUAGAUGUAGAAGCUCCUGAAUACCUCUCCAAACAACACACUGCUCUGGUGUACAUGAAACCAGACGAAAGCUGCAAACAUUGCUAUAUCUCCAUGGUACCAGUCCAUGCAAGAUACCAUCGUCCGUCUGUCGAAGUCUAUGAAGUGACCAUACAUGUCCGCAGUCCUCAGUUACUUAUUCGUUGCAGCAAAGACUUUCCUCCAAGAGAUUGCUCAAUGCACCCUUUAGUAGAAGCUCCUUGUGGAUCUUCAGCUGAAGAAGAAUGUCAAUGGAUGGAUCUGCCAUAUACACUGAUUAAAGACAGCACAACGGUGAAAGUGCCAGUGGGGAUAGCACAACAUGGACCAGUUGUGUGUAUUGUGACGAUUGCAGUCACCCUGAUUUGCACUGGAAUGCUACUCAGAACAGUAUACAAGCACAAGCAGAAGUCCUCAUAG